CACCCACACCCACACCCACACCCACACCCAUUAUGUUAAACAUAUAAUACUUGAUUUAGCUCGUGUACAUGCUGAAGUUUAUUCAAUAAGUAGUCCAUUAGUAUUUAUUGUUUUAUCAUGUAUAUUAUCAACAUUAGUUAAUGAAUUAUCGAAAUUAUAUUCUAAGAUAAAUCAAUUUAGUAAUGCUGGUGGUAUGCAAGCAUGUUUAGCUUUAAAUGCUUUGCAGAAAUCUUUUGAACGUUGUAUGGACAGUGAUACAUCAAAUAAAUUAAAAGAAAUUAUAUCAAAAAUUCCCGAUGCUGCUGAACAUAUGGAAUCAAAAGGUUUAACAGAUAUGUUAAAUAUUUUUUUAAAACAAAUGGAACCAUAUUUAAAUGCUUUUCAAGAUGUUCAACAACAACAAACUGAAUAA